AUGACAAUUAUCCAAUUAUAUGAUAAUGGAAACAUCAGUGGUGAUUGUAAUACAUCAAAAGGUAGUAACAAGCGGUAUGACGACAUCCUUGGUACGGGAAUCAAUUCUGAAGAUAGUUGCUAUGAAAGCAACGAUUUAUCACGAUCCUCUUCGAGUGCUCAUGGUGUCUCUGUGACCAGGCCGCUCCUAACCACUUAUCAUCGUUCACCUAGUUUAAGUUCAACAUCUGUGAAUUAUACAGUGCCUACACCUCGAAUAAGUAAAAAUAACGUUCCCAUUGACAUUCAUAUUGCGAAUAGUACUAAAAGUGAUUUGGAUAAUGAUAACCAACAACAACAAAACUUCUCUGCAAUAUUUCAUUCUCCAUCAUCGACAUCGAUCAUUCUUGAUCAUCAGAAACAAUGGACAUGUCUACUACUUGACAGUGGCAAAACAAGUUUGCAUCCGACAUUAGAAAAAAGUACAAAAAAUACAAAUAGUAUUAGUACGAUUAAUUCGAAUAAUUAUCAUGGUGUUAGUUUGAGAAAGACGGUUGCCGCACUUAGUUCGAGAAAAAUGAUGAACAAUAAUAAUAAUAAUACUGAUUUAAUAAAUACGUCAACAUAUUUGCCGUAUGAUUCGAUCGAUUAUCAGUUAGAUAAAGCGUUCGUUGACAAUAAUAAGGGGAUUAUAUUAAAUCCACGUGGCAGAUUUGUUAUUCCAUCAUCUCAAAAUUCAUUUGGUGGCUUACAAAUCGCACUAUGUGCAUUUGAUGACGGAUGUACAACAUUAUUGUUGCCACUACCAUCAUCAAUAAACGAUUUAUGUGAUUUAUUUCCAUCAACUGAAUAUCUUUGGUCUACUGAAGGCGGCGCCGGAGUAGGAAUUGUUUCAACGAAAACAUUGAAGAUAACAAGCAAGGUUGGAAGAUCAAUUAACUGUGAAUUAUCGUCUGAUCUUCGUCCAUGGAGAAUCCAGUUAGAUUUUUUACGAUUCGAUAUUUCGUGUGACGAACCCAUGUCGCUCCUGCGUUUAAAUCCUAGCCCUUUCAAUGAAUCCGCUUUUAUUGAUCUACUUGAAUAUCAUUAUACAAUAGCAAAAAUCGAUAAAAGAAAUCUUCGACCAAAACGAAAAUCAGCUUUAAUUGGGCGUUCCGUGACAAAAACUGUUCAUACGAUGAAAGUUGAUCAAGUAUUGUUAAUAAUAGAUCCAGCUACUGUGAGUUCUCAAGAAAAUCCAUUCACAAACCUGAUGACUAUCUGUUCUGAACUUCAAUGGGUUAAGCCAGAUUUUUGUCACACAAAAUUAUUUAACGAUUGCUUCGACGAAGAACAUGGAUCGAGUGAAAGCGAGAGUUAUGAAUAUAGUAUAGACGAAUCUUUUUAA